GUACGGAGAGAUGAUGUCUGUUGGUUGGGAAUGAAAGGUUGAUAAAAUUUUGGGCUGAACGAGAGAGAAACCCAUAUUCUGUCAUGGCGUAACCGAAUUACGUAACCCAAUUCAGUAUUAACGUUUACUUUAAGGCCCAUUUAAAGAUGUUCUAAACCCGACGAUCUGUCGUUGGACGGCACGCUUAAAAUGCUUGCCGUUUUAUUAAAUUCCGGCGAAUUUACGCACGGUCUUGGGUCCUGAGAUUUCUAGUUCGGCUGCCCUGUUGCUCGUCUUGGUUUUCUCCGGUUGCCGUCACUUAAAUUCGGACGUCUCAAUUGGGUGUCUGAUCUGCAGUCUUUCACUCUCUUACAGAGUCUUGCGCCGUUUGAAGCUAAUUGCAAGUACGGAAGAUGAAGAUUGAUCCUUCUCCUAAACAACCUUUAUUCUGCUUGAAAUGGCCAUGGGAUAUUGAACAUCAUCCUAAAAAUUCCAAUGGUUGCAGCUUUGAGACUCCUUGGCUAUUCAAAUCAUUGCAUACUCUUGGAUCAAUUGCUUUCAAUUCCUUUAAUUCAAUUUCCAAAUCCUCAAAUUCUUUGAUUCAUACCUUUAAUCCCAUCAAAUUGGAUGUCGGAACCAGCCAAAGUAAAAGCAUAAAGUCCCGAAAGAAGGUCUUCACUCCUGAAGAGCAAGGAGAGGCAGAGCAAAGAGCAUUUGCAUCUGCACUAGCUAGUGGGAAAGAAGCUACUGUGCUUGAAUUCUACUCACCCAAAUGCAGGUUGUGUAAUUCUUUGCUUAAUUUUGUCUUGGAGCUUGAGAAUAGGAAUUCAGAUUGGCUAAAUAUUGUCAUGGGAGAUGCGGAGAAUGAUAAAUGGCUGCCUGAGCUACUCCAUUAUGACAUAAGAUAUGUUCCUUGCUUUGUGCUGUUGGACAAAAAUGGGAAGGCACUGGCAAAGACGGGUGUUCCAAGCAGUCGGCUACAUGUAGUUGCAGGUCUAUCACAUCUUCUCAAAUUGAAGCGCCCUCAGAGUAAUAAUCGGUAGCCUAUAUUGUGUAUGUAGCAUCAUAAGUUUGUGCAAGAAACUGACAAUGAGAAUAUGAUUUAUUGUAUCCAAAUUGACAGUUUUAAGAAAUUGAUCUAGUAGAGCUUUUUGGCUCAGUUGGGAUUUUCUUUUCUUCUCA